AUGAACAAAAUGGCUGAUUCACAGCGUUUUGCUCAAACAAAAGGGCGUGCUGCAGUGAGACGAAUUCGGCGCUUUGUCACUGUAGACAAUCAACAAAUGAAAGAAGAUUUAGGGAAAAUGAAGGAAGGACUAGAGCUUAUGGAUGUGGCUAGGCAUGAGGUAAAAAACUCAAAAACAAAGGACGAUCUUGAAGAAAAAGGAAUGAUUUACCACAAGUCUGUAAAAGCAUUUAAUGACCAGGCUUCCAAGAUCCAGAUUGUGAUUGACGAGCUUCCAGUGACCAUAUUCACCAACCAAAGAGAAGUUGUGAAGGUGGUGUUAUUGACAAACUGAUA